AUGCUCCUCAACAACCGACGCCAACACCCUCAACUUUAUCAACAACAGUAUCCUCAACAGCAACAACAGUUCCGACCUAAUCAUGUCCCUGGAGGACCCUUGCCCUUCACGGGACACACCCGAAGUUUGAGCAGCGGUGGCCGUCCUGCUGCACCUAAUGGCUACAGUAAGAAUGGUAGACGACCGUUGAAUAGUCCUAUUAGUAACAACAACUAUCCUCACCAACAACAACCUGGCAACAACGGGGACAGCAACGGAGGGUACAACAUGCAGCAGCAGCAAGGGUUAGCCGGCAGACUACGCUCGGAAUCCAACCCUUCUUACAGCAGCAACCCCAACAAUUCCGUGUAUUCUCCAGGUGGGACCCUUGAUGGCGUCCCCAGUAGAGCCAAGUCCAGUGGCACAGCAGCGUCAGGAAGCUCUUUCCAGGACCGCUUGAGGGAGCGGGACCGAGAGCGACAGGGUCGAGAGCGAGAGCGAGAGGAAAGAGAGGCUGCAGCCCGUGCUAUCCAUGAAGACCCUAAACAUAACACCGUAGCGUCGACGAACUCUAUGACAGCAACCGCGACGGCAGCAGCGGCAAAGGAAGCAGCGGCAGCGGCAGCAGCAACGGCGCAGAGUACGGGAACGGCGCUCUGGAACCGUAUGCGUGCAGCCAAGGAUGCUAUCAAUGUGGCCAUCACAGGAGAGGAGCGUUGGCCAGACUCUGAUGACUCUGAUCACGAAGGCGAAUCGCACGUCAGUCGUGUGCUGCGAGAGUACAGCGACAAGAAGAAAAUCGAUGAACUUGACCGCAUGCCUAUCGCUAGCCCAUUAUCGUCCAGCAGCAGCACUGGCAGCAACUACAGGAAUCGAACCCUCCGGGACGCUAUCCGACAGGAGCAUGGUGCUAACAACAGCAGUUCCCCAUCACCAACUUCUCUUGCGUCAUCGGCGUCGUCGAGCGAUUAUCUUGUUCGGUCUCGCAGAGCUAGAGGAGAAACCGGACACCUGCCAUCUCGCUCAGACUCUGCAUCCUCGGCCCCACUCCGACCUAUAAGAACCCGAGAAAUCGGACAGAAGCCAGCUGGUACACUCUCGCCGCCUGCAUCCCCUGCUUCUGCAACACUACCAACACCCACCUCGCCUAAUACUCCUAGUAGUGCAUCGUUGGAGACACCGCGAAUCGGGAACCGGUUUCGGACAAGCAGUGAUGCCAGUCUAAGCGCAGCGCUGGGUCGACUGGAGGGCAAACGGAACCAAGAUGCGUUGGUCGCUCAGGUAAGCCAUCUGGGGAGCACACGGGCCCGGUCGCCUCACCGAGGGAACAGGGCUUACCGCGAACAUAUCGAUGUCGCCCCACCACCACCUCUGCCGACGCCCAAGAGUGACUACCGUCAACAGCGACAACAACCUCUCACACCACCCUCUUCUGGGUCAUCUUCGAAUACGCUGAGAUCGAGUCCAUCGUUGCCGUCAUUGUCGUCAUCGUUGUCGUCAUCGCGCAGAAACGGCCAGCCUGUCGAUUUGGGUGCAUAUGGACAACGCCAACAACAACAACAGCAGCAGACACAACAACAGCAAGCGCGCUACUUUUAA